AAGCCAGCUUUGUAAAGUUUUAUUUUCCUGUCAUUGCCGCAGGCAGGUUAUGAGUGAGAAGAUCCACACAUAGAUUUCGUUCUAAGAAGAUUACAAACACCGCUUACACACAAAGAAUAUGCCACCCCGUCGAAGCAUGCGCCUGCAGCGCCAACGAGAAGCAGCGGCACAAGUUCUUGCUGAAGUUCAAGCCGAUGCAGAGGUACGGGCUGUAGUUGAAAACAGUGCGAACGCCCUAGAAAACUCCAAUGUCACAUCGAGGGCCCUGUACCGACCAUCCCGACACAUAUUAAGUCCCCGACGUCUGCGAAGUCCUCCGGCACCACCCCAACCGACACCUACUUUUGGCGUCGGGAACGGACGACGUGGACGCCCGCGCAGGAGAACUGGUGCCAUCACCAGAAGCAGUCCUCCCAACCAACGACGUGGUGUCCAGCAGCCUCCCCCAAGGUACCGCCCGCGAGGCCGUCGUCCGAGUCGUGCCGUCAGCAAUACAGACUCUGCUCCUAGCACGCCAGCCGGCAAUGUUUCGCCAAUGGUGGAACGAGGACUUUCCGGGCACAGGCUCUCCCUGGCCCGCCAGUUCAACCGCAUGGUUAAUCCGUUGAACUUUGCUCAGGCGGCGCUUUCCUCCAUAGGCCCUGGCCAGUCCAGAAUGGUCGAGUGUCGGGCUGCAGCUGGAAGAUUGCAACGAGAACUUUCAGACUUUAUGCGAGAGCCGCCAGAUGGCUGCAAAGUGGAGAUGGUAGACGAUGACCUCUUUCAUUGGCGAGCCACUAUUAUUGGGCCAGCUGAUACCCCGUACGAAGGGGGCCACUUCAAGCUGGACCUCAGUUUUCCCUCAGACUACCCUUUUCAUCCCCCACAAGUGUAUUUCCUAACAAAAAUUUACCACUGCAAUAUUACCAAUGCUGGCUACAUCUGUCUGGACAUACUCAGUCUCCAGUGGUCGCCCGCCCUGACCGUUGCCAAGGUUCUGAUCUCCAUCGUUUCGUUACUGUCCGAUCCGAACCCCAACGAUCCUCUGGAGUCGACCAUUGCAAUUCUUUACAAACGGCAGCGCAAUCAACACGAUUCCAAUGCCCGCGUCUGGACCAAUCGAUAUGCCAAGCCCUUUUCACCUGCUGCUGGAGACGUGAAUAUGGAAACGGACGCCACCGAGACGACGGCCACCAAUCCCGAGAAUUAAGUAAUUGUUUCAUGAUAUUCAAGAAUGUUUAUUUGAUGUUGUGCCAGCACUUUUUGGUGGUUUUGAAACAGUAUACGACACUAAGAUAUUUACGCUUACUAGUUAGGUUUACGGUUACGAAUAUUGACAUACAAAUAAAAAAUACAUACACGGAAGUACGCUUAUAUUACGUGGCAAUCAUCCACCUAAUUGAAGAUAUCGAAAUAAACAUCUACGUAAAUCUAGA